AUGUCAGUCGUUUUUAACGAGACUUGUAUAAAAGAGAGAUUACUGUCUAAUUACACAAUCUAUCUAUCUAUCUAUCUAUCUAUCUAUCUAUCUAUCGUGGGCCCUCCCGACGUAUUCGACGAUUAUCUCGAGACCAAACGCCUGACAUUUCCCCGGUUUUUCUUUCUGAGCAACGAGGAACUGCUGGAUGUAUUAGCAAAUUGUAGAGACUCCAUUGCUAUUCAGCGCCAUUUGGGGAAAUGUUUUGGUAAUAUUCAUUGUCUUGGAAUUGUUUUUGGAGAGAGGCCACCUGACAACAUAAUAUCUAUGACAUCGAUAGAAGGAGAAACAGUGCCCUUAUCAAGAUCUCGUAUUUACUUCGUCUUUGGAAAAUAUAUAAAAUCUACUGAACUUUCUUUCUUUCUUUCUUUCUUUCUUUCUUUCUUUCUUCUAUUGCUAGAUACGUUAACAAAAAAUAUUUCGUCAUUGAUUUGUCAAAAUGUUUGA